AUGCCCGCUGCAGCACCUUCCCAUUUAGACAUCAUAGAUUCAAGGAUUUCUCCUGAAGUUCGUGCGGCGUACAAUGCAAAAGUUGCCCAAUUUCAACGCAGCUCCAAAUCGUACUGGGAAUUUUCCAUCGUGCCCAACAAGUUUGUCCAAUCCUUGGAUGAGACAGACGACACCACAUUCAACUACCUUGAUCAGCACUUUGGUAAAAUUGGUGAAUGGGAUGAUUUAGUUGCCGAGUUGCACAAUUUGAAUAAGCAGGCUGAUAAUGACACCCAAUACAAGAUUCUUUUCCUUGCCCGUCAUUAUACCGGGUAUCACAACCUUGCUCAUACUAAAUAUGGAGAUGAUGAAUGGAACAACCACUGGUCGAAAUUGAAUGGCGAUGAUGAAUAUACAUGGGGACCUGAUGCUGAAUUGACUCAAGAACUGAUUGACUUAGCAAAGAGGAACAGUAAACUAGUAGCACAAGAAUUGGAAAACAAUCAGCAUCGAAACAAGUUAUUAAUCACACCACAAAAGAUGUAUGUAUCUCCAUUGAGCCGGUCAAUUGAUACUUUGUAUUAUACCUGGGAUCCAAUUGUUAAUUUACAACAAUUGCAUCCGUACGUUCAAGAAAACUGGCGUGAAACUACUGGUGUACACACAUGUGAUAAACGAUCAACCAGAUCAAUAAUCGCCAAGAAAUAUGAGAAGUUGGGGUUUGUUAUCGAACCGGGAUUCACAGAAAACGAUGAAUUGUAUAAGGAUGAUUAUCGAGAACUGUUUGAUGAACAAGCAUCAAGAAUGAAUGUGGCUUUGCAACAAUUGUUUAGUGAGAACCAUGGAAAUGGUGUCGAUAUCGUGGGGAUCACUUCUCAUUCCGGUAGUAUCAAGACCCAGUUGUUGGUGUUGAGUCAUCGGCCCUUUGCCGUACAGACCGGUGGAAUGAUACCUGUUUUUGUUAAAGCUGUCAGAAAGAAAGGCGGAGAAGCCACAGGUGGUGAAGGUGGGAGAGGAUGUGCUCUUUCGUAA